GAUUGAUCGAUUUUGAUUACAAUUUACGAACUGUCGGCGAAUAUCUUUUUCCUAGUUACCUUACCUAAAAAAACAGCGUGGAAAUAAUUUUCCUUAAUUCGUUAGUAAAGUCUCAAACAUAUUACUUGAAAAGGCGCAAAAAAAGUUGCUCCGUUACGUGUAACGUUAAUAUAAUUAUAAAUUGACGAGGAUAUUGUGAUUAUUAUUGAAUUUUCGUUACAUUAGCUGUAGAAACGCCAUGGGAAACGUCCAAGCUUCUAAUUUACCACCAAUGCCACCUAAUACUACACUGGUUCCGCCACCUACUACGCAGCCAAAACUACCACCUGAAGAGCGCAUUGAAAAUCCGGGUUCGGUGGAAGAACUACAUAAGAAAUGUAAAGGUAAAGUACAUAAUUUUGCAUAUGCUCUAUAUACAUUUACAGUACUAACAUUGUUUCAUUAAUCAAUGAUAUUAAUAUGUCGCCUCUUUUUCCAGAAUUGUUUCCAAUGACUUUUGAGGGUAUUCGACUCGUCAUUAACAAAGGAUUGAGCAAUCACUUUUUUGUUAGCCAUAGUCUUCUCAUAGGAUCAACUAGUCAAACGUCCAAUUAUAAAUUUGGGUCUACAUUCGUGGGUACAAAUCAGAUUGGACCCGGUGACUAUAGCCCCCUUUUGAUGGGAGACAUUGAUCCACGUGGGAAUAUUUCUACAAAUCUUAAUGUACAACCUUGGAAUAGAGUAAAAGUUAAACUCAAUACACAGGUUGGUUAAUUUAAAAAUAAUUAAAUUUAAUUUUAUCUGAUUUAUCGAAUACAUUUUCUAUAACAGUUUCAAGAAUUCAAAACAACUGGACUUCAAACAACAGCUGAAUACAAGGCAGAUAGAUAUACAGCUACAUUAUGUGUAGUCAACCCUGAUUUAUUCAAUUACACUGGAAUUUAUAUAUCGCAGUUUCUAUAUGGUUGUAAUAAUAAAACAUCAGUAGGCGCUGAAGUCAUUCAUCAACGCAGUCCACAAAUUCCAAACGGACAUAUUACCGUUUUCAAUAUCUUGGGAAGAUAUUUAUGUAAAUAUUAAUAAAAAUAUAAAAAAAAAAAAACUAUUUAUAAUCAUUAGUGUUUAUAAUUUAUUUAAACAUACCUUUAUUAUUUUUGUUUAGAUGAUGAUGUUACCACCAUCAGUACUACACUGAGUUUAACGGGGUUGCAAUGUUGUUAUCAUUUUAAAGCUAGUGAACAAUUACAAUUUGGUGUAGAUGUGGAAGGUAGUCUUCUACAACGAGACAUUAACGCGACGUUUGGAUAUCAAGCACAAAUUCCCAAAUCAGAUAUCACAAUAAAAGGUAUUGUUUAUUUUCAUAGUUAUAGAGAAAAAAAAUCUUUACCUCCUUUACUAUCUACACUGAUAAAAUAAUUUAUCACAUCUUUCACAUUAUUUAGAAUCUUUUAAUUUCUAUUUAUUUUUCUUAUUAUUGCUAUUUUCAAUACUAGCAGAGCCAUAUGAAAACCAAAUAAUUAUAAAAUAAUUAUAAUCUGUUUCAUUACAGUUAAAACAAUAUUUUUUCAUAAUUGAAUUUCUAGUUUUUUUUUUUUUUCUAUUUGUAUAAUCGCGUGAUGCAAUAUUAUAUUUAAUACAAAAUUCUAGUGUGUGAAUCCACAUAGAAAUUUAAAUUUAAAUAUCUUCAUGAUCUAGUAUGAUCCAUUUGUAUUGGUUUCUUCGUCUUGAGUGUAUACUGUAUAUGCUUUAUUCUAAAUUCAAAAAAAUCUGGUUUUAUAGAUUUAGUUGUACAUCCUUUUGUUAUAUUUUAUUGCUCAUAACUUUGUCAUAUUUUUCAACCCAACUAAGUUGUAUAUACAAAAUUAAAAUUAAUACCACUGCCCUAAUACAACCAUUAAAGUUGCUAUUAUUAUUAUUAUAAUUAUAGCUUUUAAAACAUUUUUUACUGCAAAAUAUAUUUUAUAUGAUAAUAAACAUAUUGUAAAACCCAUUGCUUUCUUUUUCUGUUUAAAAUCAAAAUACUCAUUUUAAGGAUAUUUUUAACAUUAAAAUUUAAAUAUAUUUAUGAAAUUUAUUAUAUAUUUUAAAUUUAAAUAAAAAAUAAGUAAAAUAAUUUAUUUAUUUAUAGUCAUUAAAAUAUAAAAAUUACUGGUUCACUGUCAUUUGAUGUGCAAGUUGAUUAACUUCUUUAAUGAACUAAAAAAUUAAUCUUUAUUAAGUACUUAGUACUCUGUAACUCAUGAUAAUGAUAUGAUAAUAACUAAAGGGUUUUUCAUUAAAAGUAGAUCUAAUUUAAAACAAAAUAAAACAAGCUGUGUGGUUGAUAUUAACAAUUUUUUUUUUUGUUUUAAAGUCCCACGAAUACCAAUUAUUUAUUGAAUAUAACAUCAUUUAAAUGUCUGCUGUAGUUUCUCACAGCGACACGAAUCCGAGUGGUUGAGUUUUUAAUGACUGUCAUAUAGAUCCAGAUGAAUUUAAACAAUUCCUUGAGUUAUGUUGACCUUAAGGUUAUUUGUCUACAUCGUUCUAUUUAAGCAAAACGAAAUUGAUUAUCAGCGUUCUGUAAUGUUCACUAUUGACGAAAAUGGCAUCACCAAUGUCAUUUUCAAAAAAGUAUAUACUAAUGACACCAUCAACUCAAAAUCCAUAUCAAGCUUCUACUUUUUGUGGAUGCAUUGUCACCUGAUGAAUGUCGUGUGGGUUGGUAUCAUCCCAUAUAUGGCAAUUUGUCUUGUUUACAUAGCCAUUCAUUCAAAAAUGAGCUUCGUCCCUGAAGAUGAUUUUUUGAAUCAUGAUGUUUGCACUAUCGAAUACUCAUUAUGAUAAUAAAGUUUUAUCAUUUGGACUUGCUGAUUCGCUAUGAUGAUUUUGCAUUAGUUAUUAAAUAAUAAAUAACAGAUUAGAAAGAGACGUCAUCAAAAUGAUAUGGCCGCACUGUACAAUCAACAUCAGUCCGCUCUAAAAACCCUUUAUAUAAUACUUAAAUUAUGAAAGAUAUAAAUAUCAAAAAAAUAGCUUAUAAUACAUAGACAAUUAUUGAAAUAAUACAAUUUUAAUAAAAAAAAAACUACAAGUCACUUUUAAAAUAUUUUUGUCACUUUAUUAAAUAUUUUCAACUUUAGUAGUAGGUCUGUGAUUAUAUCUUGUUUAAAAAAAAAAAUUGUGUUAAGUUGUUAUUUUGAGAAUAUGGCUCCAAGUGUAUAGCUUAUUUAUUAACAAUAAUUUAAGGUUAUUAGAAAUAUUGUUAUUCAACAAUAAAUAAAACAAAUUAAUUGGGUUUUUUUUAUUAUUACAGGUAGUAUAGAUCGAAAGUGGAAUGUGAGCACAACAUUAGAAAAACGUCUUCACCCAAUGCCAUUUACAUUUGCGUUGAGCACAAUGUUUUCUCCAGCCAAACAUACAUUAAAGAUGGGAGUUGGAUUUUUAGUUGGUUAAUUUAUGUACAAUUUAAUAACAUUCAUUGUAGUCAUAUAAAUUUUGGACCUUUUUUUUCAUUCCCCUUUGUGACAUCCCUUAUAUAUAAUAUAUUAUUGUCUCAACAGUUAUGUAGUUCUUUUAAACAUCUUAAUUUAUUUAACUUUAAUUAGACACAAACAAAGUUACUAUUACUACUACUACUAUUACUACUACUACAUCAUGCCAUUUAUUCAUUUUUAGAUAAAAAUAUUAACUUUAUUUUAAUAUUAUGCUGAAAGAUCUGCAUAUCGUUUUGUAUUAUAAUAUUUGAAAUAAGUACUUAAAUAGUAGAAAACCGAAAACCUUAUAAUAUUUUAUCUGGUUGAAUAUGCACAUUUUUCAAUAAUAUGGUCUGUUAGUAAAAAAAAACUAGGAGAAAUUUAUUGCAUUUAAUAAAAUGUAUAGAGAACUUUAUCUUGAUCUUAUAAACAUUUUAUCUUGAUUAGAAAUAAAAUGUUUUGACAAUAGUAGUAAAAUUCUUACAUUGAAAUCUGAUCAAUUGAUUUUUUUUAUAAUCACUAAAAUGCAAGUAUUUAAAUAAAAAUUAUAUUAAACAGCUCCAAUAAUAAUAAUAUUAUAUAAGUAGGAAUUUAAUAACAAAAAUGCAAUAUUAUACUGUAGGUAUAAUACAUUAUUAAAUUUUAUUUUUUAAUUAUAUAGGUGUGUAUCGAUUUUUUCUAAAUAAUAUUUCGAUUUCUUUUUUCAUUUUUGGUUUUAAUCCACACUGUAAUAAAAAUAAAACAAAAUAUUUAAAAUGUGUGUUAAUAAUAUACCUAAUCAUUUAAGAAAAUAUAAUUUAUAUUAUAUAACUUAGGUUAAUUUAGAUUUUUUUUUUUAAAUAUUUUGAUUUAUUAAAAGUUUUGUUUGUAUAGCUAUUUUUUAUGACUUAGUAAUAUUCUAGAGGGCCAUAAUACACAAGAAAAUAAUAUAGGUAAUACAAGAGAAAAUAUGAAGUCAAAAACGUCUACUUUACAAAGUAACAAAAAUAUUUUCGAAACCAAUGAUUGUUAUUAUUUUUUCCAUUAUGAAGUUCUUGUGUUUUAUGUGCCCACUAAUAUUCUUCUAAUGCUGCUUAAGUCUGAAUUUAGAAUCUUAAAAAAAAAAAAAAAAAAAAAAAAAACUAAAGAAAAUGCUUGUGAAUCAAUUAUACUUCUUUGUUAUUUAACUUUUACUAUUUUUUAGAUGUGUGAAUAGAUAGUGAAUAUAUACUGUUUAAUGAUAAUUAAAUAUAUCACAAUAUUAAAAUGACUUCGUUAGUUUAUUAUCAUUUUUAAAUGGAUUAUUUAAACAAAAUAAUAUAACAGAAUCUUGAGAAUAAUGUACUCGUAUUUUUAGGUGAAAUUUGUCUUUUCCUUAAGGUUGACAAAAAAUAGUGGA